AUGGAGAGUGCACUGUGCUGUAGCGAAGAGCCGUUCGGAGUAGUGGGCUUGGCAGCUGACGGCGUUCAGCUGUUGCGCGAGGGCGGUUGGUCGCAUAGCAGCAGGAGCAGCAGCAGCAGCAGCUUGAGCAGUCUCAACGCAGGCCGGGACAUUGGGAUCGAGUGCGGCAGCAGCAGUGACAGCGACUCGCUGUCGGACAGUGAUGGCAGUGAUAGCAGUGGCUACUCGAGCGGGCUGGCAGCAGAAGUAGGGGCGGAGCGGGCCAAGAAGCAGCAUGCGGGAGGGUCGUCGUGUGAAGAGGCAUCAUUGGCCCGCCCUGCCCAUCCCGCUGCUUUGCAUGCCCUGUACUGGACAUUCGUGUUCAACUGCUUUAGCGAGCAAUCGUGGCGAUUUGCAGGGGCAGCUUUGCUCGCGUUACUGCAUCAAUCGAUACUGCCCGUGGCUGUGGCACGAUUUGCUAGCCAGCUAGUGGCGUGUGUGGCGGCGCCACUGGUGGGCGACCUGUUGGACUCCGCGCCCAGGGUGCCGGCUCUCAGAGUCAUCCUCGUCGCUCAGAGCAGCGCCAUCAUGGUGGGAGCAGCAGCCACCAUGCACGCGCUGCACCUCGCCUACCCUGCUGCCGUUGCACCUGCUGCCGCGGAUUCAGCCGACACAUCAUCUGCCACGUCAGCGCUGUCGGCUCUCCCCGCAGCAGCGUUGCUGCAGCAGGGGUGGUUCGUGGUGCUGCUGGUCGCGGGCGCGGUGGAGCGCGUGAUGGGGCUGGUCACGGGCGUGGCCGUGGAGAUCGACUGGGUCCUCGUGGUGAGUGCCCGCCUUGCUCUCCCCCGCCUGCCCUCUCCCCUAUCUCGUCUGGUGGGAGAGGAUCGGCCGGAGCUCAUGGCGACGGCCAUGGCCACGCUGGGGAGGAUCGAGCAGUUCGGCGAGGUGGCAGGGGCGUUCAUAUUCGGGGGCCUCAUUGCCACGUAUGGGCCGCUCGUCUGUGUCAAGGCAUGCAUUGCCCUCGCUGCGCUCUCCAUCCCUGCUCUCCUUGCGCUGACUGCUCUCACCAACCACCUGUCGCACGGGGCCCUCAGCCACACUUGCCCCCCUGAGUCCUCCGAGUCCUCACAGGGGCUGGUGCCCGCUGUUGAUGCUGCUGCCGAGGAUACCAAUGCUGCUGCACUACCCCACGUGCUUGAUGCUGCACCUCUCAUGGUGCCGAGUGGGCAAGCAGCAAGGCCAGGGGGCUCAUUCAGCAUGAUGCAGGAGGCAGAAUGGGCAAGCGACGACACACUCAUUUCACCAACUAAUCCUGCCCGAACUGCCUUAACCACAACUGCGGCACUGCCUUUUAGGGCAUUGCCAGUAGAGAACACUCUUUGGAGGUGCGCAAAAGCAGCGGCAGCGACAGCUGUGGCAGUGGUUGCAGCGGCAGGAGCGGCGGCGUCAGCAAUGGGGAGGGCAGCAGGGAAGGGGUGGAGGUGCAUGAUGCAGGAGGCGGUGAUGCCUGCCAGCAUGGCGUACGUGCUGCUGUGCUUCAAUGCUGUGCUUGCGCCGGGGGGCCUCAUGACCUCCUUCCUCUUCAACCAUGGGGUGGGCAUGGCAGUGAUAGGCGCAUUCAGCAGUGCGUGUGCGGCCAUGGGCUUCGUGGCCUGCUUCAUCUCGCCAGCACUCGUCGCACGACUCGGCAUCCUGCAGGCGGGCAGCAUCGCCAUUCUCUUCCAGGCCACCAUGCUCGCCCUUGCCGUGCUCGACUUCUCGUCCCUCCCUCUCUGCCCUCCCUUUCUGCACCAAGGCCUGCUCAUGCUCUUCCUCUUGCUCGUGGUGCUGUCGCGCAUGGGGCAGGGCAUGUAUCAGAUAGUGGGGUGUCAGAUCAUCCAGGCCGUGCCAGCAGCAUCAGCCAACCUGUUUGGCACCACGGAGAUGGCUCUUGGCAGCCUAGCAGAGCUCGCCAUGCUCUCCCUCGCCAUCCUCUUCCACGAUCCCAAGUACUUCGGCGCCCUUAUGCUCAUGUCCUUUGCCGCCGUCCUUGCUGCUGCUGCACUCUACUGCCACUGGCUGGCCAGGCCCGACCCCAGGCUGGCAAAGCUGUUCCCGAAUCAACCAAAGUUCUGGUGGGGAAAUCUUCUUUGCGGGGGAAUGGGCGGGAAAGAAGGAGAACGGGAAGAGGAAGCUUUGCUGCGUGAGGAAGAAUUGGGGUUGAGGCAUCACCGAAGACGAGAAGCUGGUGAUGAAGAGGUGCGAUCGCUGAGAGACAGGCAGGUGUAG